AUGUCGUACCAAAACCACGUAGCCCAGUCCCACCUCCAAACGCGUGUCUUGCAUGCAGAUCAGCCCGACAGCGAAGUUCACCAAACAUUUCCUGUGGCACCUUCGAUUUCAGUAAGCACCACAUUUAAGGAACCCCAUCCUGAUAGUGCUUUGGGCCCCAAGAACAAUGACCUGUUCAAGGACCCACACAAUGCAGAAUGCCAUAUCUACUCACGCUACGGUCAAGACACGCGUAUGCGUGCUGAGCGUGUUAUUUCCAGCGUAGUAGGGGGUCAUGCGCUCACGUUCUCUUCGGGGCUCUCUGCUGCGGCUGCUGCUUUGGACUUUUACAUGCCAUCCACUGUGGCCAUCCGCCGUGGCUACUUUGGUGUUCAUGAAGUGCUGAAGAAGUACUGCUACGGAAGGAACGUCAAAAUUAUUGAUUUGGACGACGAAUAUCCUAUGGAAAAGGGUGCUGUGGCUGAAAAUUGCCCUAGCUUACGUCUUGGGACUACACUGGUUUGGCUCGAGACACCGUUGAACCCCACAGGUGAAGCUCGUGAUAUCAGAUACUAUGCCAAGAAAGCUCACGAAGCUAACGGAUACAUUAUUGUUGAUGCUACGCUUGCACCACCACCUCUGCAGGAUCCAUUCAAGUACGACGUGGACAUGAUCAUGCAUUCGGCAACCAAGUAUUUCGGUGGUCACUCGGAUCUCUUAGCGGGUAUUCUGGCCACGAGAAAUGUUGAGCACUUCCAUGUUCUUUGGCACGACCGAAGUCAAAAUGGUGCUACGCCAGGCAAUCUAGAGAACUUUUUGUUGCUGCGCUCACUUCGCACCAUGCCUCUUCGUGUUCGUCAUCAGUCAGCGACGGCUUCCAAAAUUGUCGCUUUCUUCGAUAGCUUAACGAAAGGCAAGACACCAGACCCGGAUGCGCCGAGUGAGAUCACGGACGGCAAGUUCAUUGCCCAGGUCUGGCACUCUGAUCUUCAACCUCGGAGGGCCAACGAGAACGAAAUCCAAGACACGGAGAAAGACAACCAUGAUUUCGAUCCCAAGGAGCAGAUGCCGAAUGGCGGCUCGCCCACCUUUGGGAUUUUGACCGCCACGCCCAAAUUUGCCAAGUAUCUUCCCUUCAAUGUCCAUUAUAUGGUGCCAGCUACAUCGCUCGGUGGUGUCGAGUCGCUGAUUGAGCAGAGGUUUCUCGCUGAUAAGACUAUGGAUCCUCGCGUGCUUAGGGUAUCUGUGGGUCUGGAAGACUUUGAGGAUCUAAAGAAGGACUUUAUUCAAGCUAUGGUCAAGACGAUGAACGAACAUAGCAAAUAG